GCGGGUCUCCCUCCGUGUGGGUCUCCUCCUCCUCCUUCUGCUGCUCCUCUUGGGUGCUUCUCCCAGAACUGCAGGAGACCAAAUGCAGCUCCUCUGAAAUUAUCCUCCCAGAGGGCAGUUUUGUCCUCUCCUGUAGCCAAUAGAAACAGAAAUGCAAUUCUGGGAAGCUGUUUUGGCUUCUCAGAACAUGAUCUGGCUGCUAGCCAUGAAUGCUUUUGGGGUGGGUGGGUGGAGCUCAUCCUUGCCAUCUCCAUUUUAUUCAGCUCAGAACAGAGUCGGCCAUCGACAGAGAGGGAGAGAAGAAACUGCAGAGCAGAGGGACCAUCGAACACGAGAGUCUUCUUCAAGCUCCAGAGGCAUCACAAAGAAGCAUUCUGCCUGGACAAUGGAUGAAUGGAGAGAGGAAGUUAGAGAGACUACCAAGGCACAGGAGAGCAGAACCAAAAAUCUCAAUGAAGAUCUACGGAUUGUUCUUGUUGGGAAGAUGGGAGGAGGGAGAAGUGCCACAGGAAACACCAUUUUGGGCGAAAAGAAGUUUGAGUCCAAACUCUCCUCAAAGCCAGUGACUGAGACUUACAGCAGAGAGGUCCGAGCAGAGAGGUGGAAGGGAAAACAAGUAUUAGUCAUUGACACUCCAGCCAUUUUUGAUGCUCAUCCUCAAACAGAGCAUGAUAUUCCUGAAGUCCAGAAGUGCCUCUCUCUCUGUGAGCCAGGUCCCCACGCCCUGGUGUUUGUGACGCAGGCCAGUCGUUUCACCGAGGAAGAUGCUGUGGCCGCCAAGAGGGUGGAGGAGGUCUUUGGCCCAGAGGCCACAAAGUACAUGAUCGUCUUGUUCACCCACAAAGAAGAGUUAGAUGUGGAAACCUUGGAGGAGUACAUAGGGCUGUCUGGAAACAGAGCCCUGCAGGAUUUGGUGAGGAAAUGCCAGGACCGUUGCUGCGCUUUCAACAACAGAGCAACAAGAGAUGAGCAGGAGCUGCAAGUGAAGGAGCUGCUGGUGAAAAUUGAGCAGAUGAUGAUGGACAACCAGAACAAGCCUUUCCUUCAGCAGUUUCCAAGAGGAUCGACAAGGAGUGCAGCUGAAAUGAAACCAGAGGAAGAAGCAAUGGACACAGACAAAGGAGGACCAAAUGAAUUCCCUGAAGAGCCUGGGAACCUGAGUCUCUCCCACAAGGAUUCCGAACUGCGGGUCCUCCUUGUUGGGAAGACGGGAGGAGGGAGAAGUGCCACAGGAAACACCCUUCUGGGGGAGAAGAAGACCUUUGAGUCCAAACUCUCCCCGAAGCCAUUGACCCAGACAUGCAGCAGAGAGGUCCGAGCAGAGAAGUGGAAGGGAAAACAAGUAUUAGUCAUUGACACUCCAGCCAUUUUUGAUGCUCAUCCUCAAACAGAGCAUGAUAUUCCUGAAGUCCAGAAGUGCCUCUCUCUCUGUGAGCCAGGUCCCCACGCCCUGGUGUUUGUGACGCAGGCCGGUCGUUUCACCGAGGAAGAUGCUGUGGCCGCCAAGAGGGUGGAGGAGGUCUUUGGCCCAGAGGCCACAAAGUACAUGAUCGUCUUGUUCACCCGCAAAGAAGACCUAGAGAAAGAAAGCCUAGAGGAGUACAUAGAGCUAUCUGGAAACCGACCUCUUCAGGAUUUGGUGAGAAAAUGCAAGGGCCGUUGCUGCGCUUUCAACAACAAAGGGACGGGAGAGGAAAGGGCCAGCCAGGCGGAAGAGCUGCUGUCUCUGAUUGAGAAGGUGGUUCAGGAGAACGGGGACCAGCCGUAUCUCAAGCCGUGUCUGAUGGAGAUGUCACUGAGGUCAGAUGGAAGGAAUCCUGGGGAGACUUCAAAGCAGACAGCAGCAGGGGAACCAGUGGAGGAUGAAAUGAAUGCUGGAGGAAUCCCUGAAGGGCAGAAGAAGAAGAAAUUGAAACAUCAGGUGGUGGAGGUAGGGUGCAGAGAAUGAGAAUGGGGCCCCUGUCUUUUCCAAUUGCUGAUGACUUACAUUGUAGACAAAUUCAAACUUGGAAAAGGAGGAUGGAACAGGGCUGUUUUCAGUUGCUCCAGAGGGUAAGAGCUGAACAAGCAGCUUGAAAGUACAAGGAAAAGGGAUUUAGACCAAACAUUAGGAAGAACUUUGUGGUCCUGGGGAAGAAUUUAUUAAUUUAAUGCAUUUAUAUCCCACCUUUAUAUCCGUGGGGCUCAAGGUGGCACAAGUGGUUCUCCCCCCCCUUUAUUUAAUCUCCACAAGAAUGCUAUUUCUAUUUCUAUUAGAGGUUUUUAAGCAGAGUCUGGGGGGGGGGCUCCCUAUUGAGAAGUUGCAGGAGGGUUGGGCCAGAUGACAUUUGAGGUUCCUUCCAUGGGCUUAAGGGAGGGGGGUAAAUUUUUGCUUAUUUGAGAACUCCCCGCCCAUCUCCUCCUUGACAUCUUUCUCCCUUUCUCUUGACUCCACACCAAUCACUUACCCCGGGUUUGUUUCCAACAGGCGUCUACUUCUCCCCUGAGCAUCCUUUGUCCCCUCUUUGCCCUAAAAUCCGGAGAAGCUGCCAAAGAAGGCAAAAGAGGAGCAGGAAGAUCUCAUCCUCCAAUGUAAACGGAAGCAGUAUCAUCAAUAAACACAGCAGGAUAA